ACCUCCAUAUAUCGCUUGCCCGCAUUCGCCAAGAAUAAGAAGGAGAAAGCGUUCACACCUCAAGUCGCCUCUUUCGGCCCUUUCCACAAUGGUAACCCCAACUUGAAGCGGAUCGAGGACUACAAAAGACAUGUACUUGUGCAUUUCCUCAAUAAGGUUCGCGUUCCGCUGCAAUGUUUUGUGGAUGCAAUUGAAGAAGUCGUGGAGGAGCUGCAGGGGUCCUAUCACGGACUGGAAGAGCAAUGGACGAGGGACAUAGACAAGUUCAUUAAGCUUAUGAUCAUGGAUGGUUGCUUCAUGCUUGAGCUCCUGCGUCUUGACCAAGAAAAUGGUGAUCAGACUUAUCCUGAUCAUGAUCCUAUAUUUACUUUCCAUGGAGCUCACAACAAACUGCCUUAUAUAAAGAGGGACAUGCUCAUGCUUGAGAACCAACUUCCUCUCAAGGUUCUCAAGGUGUUAAUUGAUGUGGAGGCUGGCCAAGCUGGUGCAAGGACGACAGAAAAAUAUAUCAAUCAACUUGUGCUCAAGUUUUAUUGGGGAAAUCCGGAAUGUAAAACAGAAAAACUAGGACUACAUGUGCUAGAUGUAUACCGACAAAAUAUGAUCAAAACUAUUGACACAACCCGUUCAUCAUCAAGUCCACCUAAUGGCCCAAAAAAUGACCAAGAAGGGGUAUUCACAGCAACCAAGCUCCGGGAGCGCGGUGUCCGAUUCAAGAAGAGCAAAACAAACAGAAUUGAGUUCAACACCGCUACUGGUGUCCUCGAACUUCCUUCUAUUAUGAUUGAUGAUUCUGCAGAAUGCACAUUCCUGAACCUGAUGGCCUUCGAACACUUGCACGUCGGAGAAGGAAAUGAGAUAACUACAUACAUUUGCUUCAUGGACGAGCUCAUUGACUCAGCCUUGGACGUGCACCUGCUCAGCGCAAAGGGCAUAAUAGUAAAUGCGGUAGGCAGUGAGGAGGAAGUUGCCGAAAUCUUGAACAGUCUCACAAGGGAAGUUAUUUCAGAUCCAAGGGGAGGAUUUAAAGUUGCUCGGGAAAACCUAAAAGUUUACAGUCAGAAGAAAAGUAACAUGUGGAAGGCCAGUUUGAAGCACACACAUUUCAGCAACCCAUGGUCUGUAACUGCACUUUUUGCUGCCACUCUACUACUUGUUCUCACUAUUAUUCAGACUGUUUACGCUGGGCUGAGCUACCACCACUGAAAAUAAACUUAUAUAUGUUGUCUUUAACAUGUGUGUUUUUUCUUUA